AUUAUCAAUCGGGAUCGAGGUUCCAGUCGAUUUCACUUCCGUUUGUGUCGAAGGACAUUUUGUCCGUCUGUGUUUUCUGUGCCCUUCCAGUUUUACCACUUUGAAAAUGGCGUCUCAAGCUCAGCGUUUCAAAUAUGUAAACAGGGGUCUUUCAUACAAUCUGCAAAGAUGGAUGUACUACAAAUCUUUUUUUCCAUCUCUUGGUCUUUGGAGAGAUGACAUGAGAAGAGAGACCCCCAUUCUCAAAGAGGCUCUUAAAAGAAUAUCUCGGCAAGAUCUGGAAGCCAGAAACUUUCGCAUCGCCAGGGCAACCGUCUUGUACAAUGCUAAGAUUGAGCUCCCCAGAGAGCAGUGGACAGAAUUGGAUGAUGACAAAUUAUACCUGACACCACACGUUGAGGCUAUCAAAAAGGAGCUUAAAGAAAGGAAGGAUUUUGAGAAGUCAAAGUAAAGUGAUAUCGGAACAUUCGUGAGAAAAGACUGUGAAAUUGAGAUAAAUUAUAUUGCAAACAAUUGUAUAGUUGUGAUAAAGGAUUUACAAAAUA